AUGACCCGCAUAGCUGGUACUGUCGGCUCAAGAAAUCAGACUCGUUUUCACAUUCCUUCUGACGAUACCAAAAUAUGUGUUGUUAUGGUCGGGUUGCCCGCCCGGGGCAAGAGUCUCAUUGCCGGGAAAGCUCUGCGAUACCUCGCCUGGGUCGGAAUUUCCGCGCGCAUAUUCAAUGUUGGAACGUACCGUCGAAAGAUAUCGCCUCAUCCGGUAGCGAAUUUCUUUGAUCCACAUAACUCGGAAGGCGAGAAAAUGAGACGGGCUGCAGCGGAGGCUGCUGUGUCGGACAUGCUGAAAUGGUUCAAGGAGUCUAACGGCGUUGUUGGAAUCUUCGAUGCUACCAAUUCGACGAAACAGAGGCGAGCAUGGAUUCACAAGACCUGUACCGAAGCCGGUAUUGAGACGCUCUUUGUGGAAUCAUCGUGCGACGACGAGGAUAUUAUAAUGAAUAAUAUACUGGAAGUCAAGACGACAUCACCUGAUUAUGAAGGACAGGACCCGGAGAUAGCAGCCCAAGAUUUUCGGAAUCGCAUUCGCAAUUAUGAGAAAGUCUAUGAAACGAUAGAUGAUGACGAAAAAGCGUACACAUAUGUCAAGUUGAUAAAUGUGGGAUCUACAGUCAUUAUAAAUCAAAUCAAGGACUAUUUAUCAAGUCGACUGGUCUAUUAUAUUCAGAACCUCCACAUCAAACCUCGCUCUAUUUGGUUAUCCAGGCAUGGAGAGUCCGAAUAUAAUUUGACAGGAAAGAUCGGCGGCGAUUCUGAUAUCUCUACACGCGGAGAAGCCUAUGCUCGCGCACUUCCUGGCCUACUGAAACAGUCCGGUGUUCCACCGGGCACGAAACUCACCAUAUGGACUUCAACCCUGAAGCGUACAAUACAGACAGCUCGUCAUUUAGCUGCAGAGACAGGCUAUGACAAGCUUGAAUGGAAAGCACUUGAUGAACUUGACUCUGGCGUCUGUGAUGGGUUGACUUACGAGGAGAUUGCCGAGAAAUACCCGGAAGACUUUGCCGCACGAGACGAAGAUAAAUACAACUACCGUUAUCGAGGCGGAGAGUCAUACCGUGACGUCGUCAUACGAUUAGAGCCUAUUAUCAUGGAGCUGGAGCGCAGUGAGAACAUCAUGAUCGUUACUCAUCAGGCAGUCCUGAGAUGCAUCUACUCCUACUUCCAUAAUAUGUCUCAAGAGCAGAGUCCGUGGAUGGAGGUUCCGCUCCAUACACUGAUCAAAUUGACUCCUAGGGCAUAUGGAACAGAGGAACAGCGUUUCAAAGCUAAUAUCCCAGCUGUGUCUACGUGGCGAGGCAAGGGAUCCUCGGCCAAGCAUCAAGAGCCAACCGAAGGUAGUUCAAGCCAUUGA